CCCUCAUGUGACCGCUCCCCCACACACAUGCCUUCUUCUUCCCCUCCUCCGAUCGAGUCCUACUGCUAGCCUCCUCCUCGACACAUUCCAACUCCCACCACUCCACCCGCCCCCUCCUCUCCUCUCAUAGAGACAGAGAGUGGUAGAGAUGAUGAGGGGCGGCGGCGGCGACGAGUACCACCACCAGCAGUACUACGGCCCGCGCGGGGCGCCGCACGGGCUGCUCAUGGCGGUGGUGCUGGGGCUCGUGGUGGCGGGCCCGCUCUUCAUGGGCGACGGCGGGGAGGCCAUCACGGACGCCAUCGCCGAGCUCCUCGGCCCCACGGGGCUCCUUCUGCUCCCCGUCACCCUCAUCCUCGUCAUCCGCGUCCUCUCCUCCAACCGCGGCGCCGCCGCGCUCGCCAACGUCUUCGCCCUCGGGGGAUCGCCGGACUCCGUCCACCGCCUCGGGGGGUCGCCCGUCGGCGUCGCGCUCGCGCUCAUGCUCAUCGUCGUCCUGCUCUACUACAGGACGUCGCUCUUCGGUGGCGACGACGAGUAGCGGUACCAGUAGCACCGAUGCGAUGCGAUCCGUCAUCGUUCGCUCUUCCCUUGAUCGAUCGAUCCAGGCCCGUCUGUCGUCAUCAUGACAGUACUCUGUACAUGUUAAUUCCCAUUCUAUAAAGUGCUGCUUCGUUGGGAUCUGUAAUGAUGAUGACUUCUGAUUUGGAAACGCGAAGCUUCUGCUGUGCCA